AUCCCUACACCCAAGAUCCGCGAGUUUUGUUUCAUCGCCAUCUCGACCGCCAUCCUCGAAUCCUGACUGUCUAUCCAAACCGUCCUCAGGUUCAUCCUUUGAUUUCCGUGGUGAAGCCCAACUCCAAGUAGUCCACUGCUUGCAUUGUCGGGCCCCCAUCUGUUGCUCCUCCUCUAUGCUGACUGCUCUCCCCCAACACGUGAGUUGACCUGUGCAUCCUUACCCUCGCUCUUUCCCAUCAUGUCGGAACUCGCGUCGGUCAACUCGGUCAGCAAUGGGAGCCCUCCCCCGGAUGAUCACGAACAGGAUCUCGACGUUUUUCUUCAACCCCUCCAUAUCGACGAUGGUAUAGUCCAUAACCUUGCCUAUCAAUUCUCCAGGGUCUAUGAGGAACUUGCAUUACGAUCCGACGAACAGUUUUUGCCCACGCCUGUCACCAAACUCCCCUCAGGCCAGGAGACUGGCCAAUUUCUUGCUAUCGACGUCGGCGGUACCAACCUGAGAGUCGCUUUCAUCGAGUUGUUGGGCGAUGCCGACGACUCGCUACCUUCUAACAAUGGGCCUGAACGGUCACGUGAGACCAUCCGAAAUGCCCAGCGCCCCAGGGUUCGCCGCACUCUCGAGAAGGCCUGGCCCAUUGGUGAGCACCUGAAGAUGGACAAAACCGAAGAUCUGUUCGCCUGGAUUGGUGAUUGCAUUGCUGAAGUCGUCAACGACCGGUUGACCUCCGACUCGGGCAAAGUUGCUGUGCCUGACGAGCUCCCCAUGGGCAUUACCUUCAGCUUUCCAAUGAUGCAAGACGACAUCUCGUCAGCAAGUCUCAUGCCCAUGGGCAAAGGCUUUGCUAUGAAUUCUGACCUCGACCUUGGUUCCACCCUGCUCCAGGGCUACGCACGCCACACCCGUCGCCAAUCCCCCUCGGCGACCUCGCCCCGCGCCAAACGAAGAAAACUUGGACCACUGCCACCAUUGAAGAUCGCUGCCAUCACUAACGACACCAUUGCAACACUGGCUUCACUUGCCUACACGGUCAAAUCGCUACCCAACUCUCGAGUUGCUGCCGGAAUCAUUGUCGGCACAGGUUGCAAUGCUACGGUGCCCAUGAAAUUCUCCAGCCUUGGAGCUGCCAAAUGUCAAUCCAUCCGGAAAAAUAAGCCAGAAGCCACCGAAACUGUGGUCAAUACCGAAAUCACCAUCGCUGGAGCAUGUGGGCCGUUGCAGGCCGUCACCACCCAGUGGGACCGUCAACUGGACAAGGAGUGUGCUCGGCCGGGCUUUCAACCACUUGAAUACAUGACGGGCGGCCGCUACAUUGGCGAGCUCGUUCGAAUUAUAUUCUUCGACUACAUGACUAGAGCACACAAACCACCAGUGCCAGAGUCAGCGCUCCCCGCGACGAUUGUCCAUGCCUACAGCUUCACCACUACCUUUGUCAGCGCCGUUGUGGCAAGAGCAAGGUCAGACUCGGAACUCGCCGGCGAACUCAAACGCCGGAUCCCGCCUCCAGAAUCGUCCAACUGGGGGUGGUCCCCACAUUCAGCAGGAGCCCUUCGUAAGAUCGCACAUUUGGUCCAGGUUCGCUCCGCCGGUUUGAUCGCUGCAUCUACUGUUGGUCUCUUGACCACGGUGGGUGAGGUGGCCUUGACAGAGCCAGGUAGCCCGGCUUCUCUCCCAGACACUACGGCACAAGAGGACAGUAAGCCCUCGUCGCCCAAGACACAUCUUUCUGCCGCCCUUCAGCGAGAUAUGAGGGACGGUCUCUCCCCAGCCCCUGGUGCAUCAGCCUGGAGAGCAGGGCCCGAGGAAAUUGUUAUAGCCUAUACCGGUGGAAUCAUUCAACAUUACCCCAAUUUCAAGGAGCAGACUCAACGAUUCAUUGAUCGCCUGGUCAUGCGGGCGGGACCUCAAGAUGGAGGCAAGAGCGUCUUUUUACGAGAAGCUCGAGAUGGAGGCAUCAUUGGGGCUGGUGUCCUGGCUGGCAUGGAAAUGGGAAAGCCAUGACCAUUGACCAAUGAAGGCAGUGAGGAAUUCAUCGACCCUAAGGGCCCCGGCAAAACUGCGGAAAGAGCCCGUCCUAACGGUAGAGUGUGAGUUCCCUGGCGAGCGGACUGAUCUUGAUGUCUUUCUGCCUGUUGAAGCGGCGCGCGACGAACGAUACAGAGGUUGAAACAGUGCGAGCGCCGGCCAGAAACCGAGCCACAAGAUGCAUAUUUCACACUCCAUUGUCUGGGUACGGCGUUGGUAGCCCCUGUUGUUGAGGGAAACCCGUCCAACGAAAAUCAGAUCUCGGGAAGGGCCCACGGGAAUUUGGGUACCUGCUUAAGGGUUCUUGCCCCGGGCCACUUUUUGGGCAACUGCAAAGACGAUUGAACCGCCAAAGCUUUGGAUCUCGCUUGGAACUGGUGGCGAACCAGACCACGAAGUGGCCAGAACCCCCGCACUUGGGCUGUACGUAGACAGAACGUUCCCAGGCGGAAUUGUCAUCGCCACACCAAGAAUGGUGGCGCAGGCCGCGUGAGACCCAGAGUGACUAAGUAGGUGGUUGAAAGUCGCGCGCGUCGCGUGAAUGAUCGAACGAGCCCCUUGAAAUCGGGCCAAAUCUCAAGGCAAUGCUUUGCUGUCAGGAUUGUCAAUUUGUCACGGCUGAUAGAGACCAUCUUGAAUAGCAAUACGAUGAAGAAGGAAGUUGAAUGUGAGCAUGUUGUAGAACCACCAGAGUGUCUGGGAUAGGUAUGCACUGUGCAGCAGACGUGCUGCAGCAGCCAGGAUCACCAAGGACAAUAAAUAGCCAUUUCAACUUCAACUUCUCAUUUGAAAUAGUCUAGCGUUGCGGACCCAUGUGUUGCAAUGGAGCAGGCGAUGGAAAGGCCUUGAUGGUGACUGUGGUCAACCCAGAAUGGCCCUCAUGACUCCUUGAACAGUGUUGCCUACGCGUCGUCCGUAUGGCAUCCAGCAUCGAUUUAAAUUUGACCAGAGCCUGGGAAACGAUUGUACUGGUCUACAUCUUGGCGUGUCUUGCUUACCAUUCAUUUUAGUCCAGCUAUAAAUGAACAUUGCCAUAUGGGCCAGCACAGACAACACAUUGUCUCUCUUGGAACAUGCAGAAAUAGUCUCUGAUGAAUCUAU